UAUUAAAAAUUGGAAAACAACGCAGCUGCGUCUAACGUACUUCAAAGCGAUAUAUUUUCUGUCAAAACUCAUCAAGCAGUCUAUAAUGCCUGUACCGUGUUCCGCUAAGUGCGGAAAAAAUGCUACCCUCAAAAGACCAAAGACUGGAGACGCUCUGUGCAAGGAAUGCUUUUUCUGGGCUUUUGAAAUGGAAGUUCAUAACACCGUUGUAAAUGCCAAGCUAUUUCAAAGAGGUAACAAAGUCGCGAUUGCCGCUUCCGGUGGUAAAGAUUCUACUGUACUUGCUUAUGUAUUGAAGUUAUUGAAUGAACGAUACGACUAUGGUCUUGAUCUAUUUCUCCUCUCUGUUGACGAAGGUAUCACAGGUUACCGUGACGAUAGUUUGCAGACUGUUGAGCAAAAUAAAACUGAUUACGAAAUGCCAUUAAAAAUCUUGUCGUACGAGGAGUUGUAUGGAUGGACAAUGGAUGCAAUUGUAGCACAGGUGGGUCGCAAAAACAAUUGUACAUUUUGUGGGGUGUUCAGGCGGCAGGCUUUAGACAGAGGAGCUGCUUUGUUGGGCGUAGAUUGCGUCGUUACAGGACAUAAUGCUGAUGAUAUUGCUGAAACGGUUCUAAUGAAUGUUUUAAGAGGCGAUAUCGCUAGAUUACAGCGAUGUACAUCUAUCAUCACAGCUGGUGCAGAUUCGAUAAUGAGGUGUAAGCCAUUGAAGUAUACGUAUGAAAAAGAAAUAGUCAUGUAUGCCUAUUUCAAGCGUUUGGUAUAUUUUUCAACCGAAUGUGUAUUCGCUCCUAAUGCAUACCGAGGUCAUGCUAGGAUGUUUCUCAAAGAUCUUGAAAAAAUCAGACCCUCUUCAAUAAUGGAUAUUAUUCACUCGGGAGAGAGAUUAUCCGUUAGAGAUGGAGUAAAGAUGCCAGAGAGGAGGAACUGUACUCGUUGUGGAUUUGUAUCAAGCCAGGAAAUCUGCAAGGCUUGUGUUUUGUUAGAAGGGUUAAACCGAGGUCUGCCUAGACUUGGGAUUGGAAAAUCAAAUAAAGCUAAGUUACUUUUAGCUGCAACUACAGAAGGUAGCGGCAAAAAAAAAACUGUAGAUUUUUAACUGUAAUAUAAACUAGACUAACUAAUGACAAUAAUACUGAAAUUUAUAUCUUU